AUUUUGCAAAGUGAUAAUGGAAGGGAAUUCGCCAAUAAAGUUAUUAUUGAGUUGUGUAGUAUGUGGGAAGAACUUAAGAUUGUCCACGGAAAGCCUAGACACUCACAAAGUCAAGGGUCUGUUGAAAGGGCCAACCAAGAUAUUCAAAAUAUUCUCGCAACAUGGUUAGCCGAUAAUAAUUCAAGAAAGUGGAGCGAAGGUCUUAAAUUUGUUCAAUUUAUGAAGAAUCGGAGUUUUCACCAUGGUACAAAACUUUCGCCAUACGAAGCUAUGUUCGGAACACAUGCUAAAGUUGGCCUAAAAUCAACGCAAAUUCCAACCGAUUUAAUUUCUACUUUAUCAGAGGAAGAUUUAGAAAAAGCUCUAGGCUGUGGAAUUAAUAUCGAAAACAUAAACGAGAAACACGAAAAAAGUGAUGGAAGUGAUAAGGACAGUGCAAAACAACUUUUUUCUGAUGAAGAUGAAAACAAUCAAAUAAAAUUGAGAAUAGAAUCAAUUUCUUCAAAUCGAUCGAAUGCUGCUGAAAAUCUUAAAGAAAAGAAGAAGAAAAUGUUAAAAUAA